AUGCGGCUUUUGUUGGCUGCAGAGAGAAUCCUCGACCAACUGGAAACAAAUCACGAUGAGCUGAGAGCUGAGAUCCACGUCACAAUGAACCUCUUGCUUCAAUAUCUUGGAAUUUCCCGCCGCAAGGAAAUCAGUGAACGGGCGAAGAAGAUACUGGACUUUAAUCAAAAUCGUGCAAGGCAGCUGGAAGCUUCAGGCAAGCUCAGCGAUGUGGACAGGAUCCGAGUCAUCAACGCUUUCGCAGACUACGCCAACUCAUUGCUUCAGGGUAACGACUUCAAAGCCGCCGAGGCGAUCUACAAAGGCUGUCAUGAACGGCUGCUUACCAUCACCUCUGAAGAAUCAGAUCCCUUCGCCUUUGCGAAGCUUGCCCAUCACAUGGCUUAUUGCAGCAUGUAUCGGCACGAUUUCGCGGAAGCCAUCCUACUUGCCGAGAGGGCUAUUCGGCUCAUGCAAGUGUUUGGCGACAAGCUACUUGUUCUGCGAUUUCAGUUCGACCUUGCCUGCAUUGUGCUGCUUCAGGGUAAAGACAGCUACUUCACUUUACAAAGUCAGUAUGCUGUGGGUGCAUUGUAUUCCUAUCUAGCAAGAUGGGAUGACGCCGAGUGGCAGGUCAACAACGCCCUGCAGAAAGCUGAAGGUAAGCCCGGGAAAAGUGUCUGGUCAGAUGCUGCGACCGCGAGAGCCAAGUUCCAUCUAUCCCAAAUAUUGAAAGCACGGAAUGGUGGCAAGAUGUCAAAGGAUGCAGAAAAGCUAGCCCAAGAAGGGAAGGACGUGUUAUCAAAGCUACUCGUGUAUGAUGACAUCUCCGGAGUCGAGGAGGAUGAUACACUGGCACUAUUCGAUCAUUUGCAGCCGGUCUUCGGAGGGCGUUGGACGGGAAUGAGUCUUUUGAAGUACGUAUCCUAG